GCCCAACAUCUCCAACAUCCCCGCGCGCUCCAGCUCAUUCAGACGGAGUGUGGCGCGGGAAGAAAAGCUGCAUGUGUACAGCUGUUCAUUAAGAUGACGUGGGACAAAAUAGCGCUCUUCUUUUUACAACUUUCAUUGACAGCUCAGCAUGUCACAGCCAUUCACAGACAUGACAUCUAUCCAUAUGGGAUGUUUUACGGCGAUGUAACUCUGCAAGAAGGGGACGAUGAGACUUCUGAAGUGACCACGCUCACCAAACCAAUGUACUUCUAUGAGACGUCCUUCACUAACUUAUAUGUAAACACAUUCCAAGUGGUGCUUGCGUACAAUGAGAAGGAUACUUAUGCACUCUUCCUAUACCCUGAGGAUGGCCUGCAGUUUUUUGGGACACGGCCCAAAGAAUCUUACAAUGUCGAAAUUGAGCUUCCAGCUCGUGUUGGCUUCACCAGAGGAGAACUGUCCUUCCUCUUCUUUUCUCGGACAGAGGGGCCGUACUACAGCGUCACCAGCAAUGAGCAGUCUGUCAAGAACCUUUACCAAAAAGGAAACAUAGGAGAGCCUGGAGUUUGGCUCUUCCACAUUGGAAACAGAUAUUCCUUCCAUAAUGUCAUUCCGGCACAGCAUGAGGCUGUUUUAAUCAAAGCUCCCCCAGUCCUGGUUGCUGUGUUCCCUGAUGAAGACUACACAGAAACAGAUGAGGAGGAGUACGAUCCUAUUGAUCCAGACUUCCAAGAUCCCACCACAACAGACUUUCUUGAGCCAGAGCAGGACUCCUCCCUACUGGAGCGUCUCAACCAGGAGGUGCCCCUUGGUCAGUCUCCACCUCAGCCCUCAGUGUCUGGUCCAGGCGAGUUUCCUCCGCAGGAUCCCCAUAAUCUCCCCCCGGAGGACGUGACCCAGCCCCAGCGGCCAUUACCAAAGCACGCAAUUCUGCAGGUGUACCCGAACCGUGUAAAGGAUGUCCCACCUCGCGCUUCUGGUGGUCAAGUGUUCAGUGUUGAGGAGAAAGUGGAUUUUGACUCUGGAGUGAUCCAUUACUCAACCGAUAAUAAAGAGACAUGUGAGCGCUUCCAGCAGCAGUGCAGUCAGAACGCACACUGCACAGAAUAUUCCACCGGCUUCUGCUGUCACUGCAACUCAGGAUUCUACGGCAACGGCCGUCACUGCCUGCCAAACGGCGCACCUCAUCGUGUGAAUGGAAAGGUCAGAGGGACUGUACUGGUGGGUGGCACAGCAGUGCAGCUGGACAGCAUCGAUCUGCAUGCCUACAUCGUGGUGGGUGACGGACGAGCGUACACUGCCAUCAGUGAGGUCCCAGAGCCGGUGGGCUGGGCCCUCAUGCCCGUGGCCCCCAUUGGAGGCCUGUUUGGUUGGCUCUUUGCCCUGGAGUUGCCAAACAGUCUUAAUGGCUUCAGUAUCACCGGUGCCGAAUUCACUCACCGUGCCGAUGUGACCUUCUAUCCCGGUAACCAGCGUCUCAGCAUCGUCCAGACAGCUACGGGUUUGGAUAACCAGAACUACCUCAACGUGGACACUCAUUUACAGGGCAGUGUUCCCUUCAUCCUUCCUGGUGCAACAGUGCAGAUGGAGCCAUUUAAGGACACCUACAAUUAUUAUCCUUCAUUGAUUACCUCCACAUCCGUGCGCGAGUUUACAGUCGUCUCCACUGAGAAUGGAGCAGAGACCCACACUUUCCAGGUCAAACAGAACAUCACGUACAGGGAGUGCAAUCACGGGCCCCGCAGCAGACUGGAGACACAGGAACUGAGAAUGGAACGCGUAUUUGUUAUGUACGUCAAAGAGGAGCACAUCCUUCGAUAUGCCAUUACCAACAAGAUCGGCCCUCUCGGAGCUGGAGACCCAGAGCCCGAAGAUGUGAAUCCCUGUUACUCUGGAAAUCAUGACUGUGACACAACCGCACAGUGUGUGCCGGGCGAGGGACAGCUGUUUUUGUGCCAGUGCGCCACAGGUUUCAGAGGAGACGGUCGCAACUGUUAUGAUGUGGAUGAGUGUGCAGAAGAUCUGAGGUCCUGUGGUGCUCAUUCUUACUGUGUGAACCUGCCUGGAAGCCAUCGCUGUCAGUGUGAGAGCGGAUUUGAGUUUGGAUUUGAUGGCCGGACAUGUCAGGAUGUGGACGAGUGUCGUGACCAGCCGUGCCACACCCAAGCCUUGUGUUCAAACAGUCGGGGAUCUUUCCAGUGCCAGUGCCAACCGGGAUACCAUGGAGAUGGUUUCCUGUGCCACCCUCAAAAUGGUCGUCCCAAGACCCAGUGUGAGCAGCACAGAGACAGUCUUCAGAGUGGAAAUGGUGGUGUUCCUCUGGUAGGAGCCUUCAUCCCUCAGUGUGAUGAGGAGGGUCAGUACAGGCCGCAGCAGUGCCGCGGGUCCACAGGUCACUGCUGGUGUGUGGACAGUAGAGGACAGGAGAGAGCGGGCACCCGAACUCCACCUGGAGCCCCGAGAAUAAACUGUGACGAGCCGGUGCAUCCCAAGACCCAGUGUGAGCAGCACAGAGACAGUCUUCAGAGUGGAAAUGGUGGUGUUCCUCUGGUAGGAGCCUUCAUCCCUCAGUGUGAUGAGGAGGGUCAGUACAGGCCGCAGCAGUGCCACGGGUCCACAGGUCACUGCUGGUGUGUGGACAGUAGAGGACAGGAGAGAGCGGGCACCCGAACUCCGCCCGGAACCCCAUCUAGAAACUGCGAUGAGCCAGUGCGUCCCAAGACCCAGUGUGAGCAGCACAGAGACAGUCUUCAGAGUGGAAAUGGUGGUGUUUCUCUGGUAGGAGCCUUCAUCCCUCAGUGUGAUGAGGAGGGUCAGUACAGGCCGCAGCAGUGCCACGGGUCCACAGGUCACUGCUGGUGUGUGGACAGUAGAGGACAGGAGAGAGCGGGCACCCGAACUCCACCUGGAGCCCCGAGAAUAAACUGUGACGAGCCGGUGCUUCCCAAGACCCAGUGUGAGCAGCACAGAGACAGUCUUCAGAGUGGAAAUGGUGGUGUUCCUCUGGUAGGAGCCUUCAUCCCUCAGUGUGAUGAGGAGGGUCAGUACAGGCCACAGCAGUGCCACGGGUCCACAGGUCACUGCUGGUGUGUGGACAGUAGAGGACAGGAGAGAGCGGGCACCCGAACUCCACCUGGAGCCCCGAGAAUAAACUGUGACAAGCCUGUGCCUCCAACCCAGCGUCCAGAGACCGUCUGUGAGCGCUGGAGAGCCAGUCUGCUGCAGCAAUAUGGAGGUCAACUGGAAUCUCACCAUUAUCUACCUCAGUGUGACUUUGCUGGGGAGUUCAACCCAGUUCAGUGCUACGGAGACAGCAGCUACUGCUGGUGUGUGGACCAAAACGGGCGGGAAGUACCAGGAACCCGCUCACACAAUGCUGUGAAACCUGCCUGUAUACCUACUGUGGCCCCUCCCACCAUGCACCCUCUGCCACGCCCAGAUGUGACCCCGCCUCCAACAGGCACAUCCUUGCUCUACGCCCAGGGCCAGCAGAUUGGUGUUUUGCCUCUCAAUGGCACACAGAUGGACAAGCAGAGAUCUUCAGUGCUGCUCGCUCUACAUGGCUCUAUAGUGGUCGGCAUUGAUUACGACUGCAGAGAAAGGAAAGUUUAUUGGACGGAUCUGGCUGGACGGACAAUCAAUCGAGCCAGUCUGGAGCCGGGAUCAGAACCUGAGAUUAUUAUCAACACAGCUCUGACGAGUCCAGAAGGUCUUGCUAUAGAUGUCGCCCGUAGAAGACUGUUUUGGGUGGACAGCACAUCAGAUAAGAUUGAAACAACUAACCUUGAUGGAAGUGACAGGCGUGUUCUGUUUGACACCGACUUAGUAAAUCCCAGAGCCAUCAUCGUAGACUCCCCUACAGGUUGGACAGGAACCAAGCGCCUUGAGUGUAUAUCACCUAAUGGGACAGGGAGACGUGUGGUCCACAGUAACCUGAGCUACCCCUUCAGUAUGGUUGCCUUCUCCAAUCACUACUAUUACACAGACUGGAGGAGGGAUGGGGUCAUCGCUCUCAGUCGAGAUAACCAGUCAACAGAUGAGCACCUGCCUGAUCAGAGGUCUCAUUUGUAUGGUAUUACAGUCGCCCCGCCACACUGUUUAUAAGGGAGACGCUAAUGACAGAGCCAGCGUUACAUGGUGCUAUUUUGGGCGAGAGUUUGGAGAGCUUGUGCUGUGGGAAUCGCGACGGACACGUGGACUCCGAAGAGAGCCGAUCGCAGAACCCGCAAGUCUCGACGAACAUCACCGUCAAUGCCAAAGUGCAAAUUUACAAACAUGAAAGCGUGAAUUUUUUCUCAAAAUAGUUUUGUAAAUUUGUUUUAUACCUCAUUUCUUUCUACUGUACUUUUGUAUGUGAUUUUGUGUUAAAAAACCUAACAAAUACAAAAAAAAAUACCCUAAGAGUUUAGUUGUGUAAUUUGAAUGUUUUUUAAUACACUAAAAUAGUACUUUGGGGAAAAAAGUACUACCCAAAGUGGUCUUUUACCAACCUUCAUUUGUUUGAUCUUUUGUAAGAUGUGAUAUUUAUAACAAUAAAAUGUGAUUGACAACUUUAUGUCUGCU